UUAGGCUGAGUCCGGAGCUCGUCCCCAUCCGGGACGCGUUUCCGCCGCCGCCUCCUGGCCCGCCUCCCCCGUGCCGACCGCGCUUAUAAGGCCUGGGCGGGCCGGCCCGCGGCACACACAAUCUUCAAUCUUUGCCAUGGCGCUCAGCGAGCCUAUCCUGCCGUCCUUCGCCACCUUCGCCAGCCCGUGCGAGCGCGGCCUUCAGGAGCGCUGGCCGCGCAACGAGCCUGAGGCGGGCGGCACUGAUGAGGACCUCAACAGCGUGCUGGACUUCAUCCUGUCCAUGGGGCUGGACGGUCUGGGUGCCGAGAGCCCUCCCGAGCCACCGCCACAGCCCCCGCCGCCUGCGUUCUACUACCCGGAGCCGGGCGCCCCGCCGCCCUACGGCACCCCCGCGGCGGGCCUGGGAACCGAGCUGCUGCGCCCCGAGCUGGACGCGCCUCCGGGGCCCGCUCUGCACGGCCGCUUUCUCCUCGCGCCCCCGGGGAGGCUGGUGAAGGCUGAGCCCCCCGAGGUGGACGGCGGCGGCUACGGCUGCGCGCCCGGCCUGACCCGCGGGCCUCGAGUGCUGAAGCUCGAGGGCGCCCCGGGAGCGGCAGGUGCAUGCAUGCGGGGUCCGGCCGGCCGUCCCCCGCCGCCCCCGGACACGCCGCCGCUCAGCCCCGACGGCCCCACGCGCCUUCCCGCGCCGGGUCCCCGCAAUCCGUUCCCACCGCCCUUCGGCCCGGGUUUCGGCGGCCCUGCUCCCGCGCUGCACUACGGGCCGCCAGCGCCCGGCGCCUUCGGUCUCUUCGACGACGCGGCCGCCGCAGCGGCGGCCCUAGGCCUACCUCCCCCCGCCACCCGCGGCCUCCUCACGCCACCCUCGUCCCCGCUGGAGCUGCUGGAGGCCAAGCCGAAGCGCGGCCGCCGCUCCUGGCCCCGCAAGCGCGCCGCCACGCACACUUGCAGCUAUGCCAACUGCGGCAAGACCUACACCAAGAGCUCUCACCUAAAGGCGCACCUGCGCACGCACACAGGUGAGAAGCCUUAUCAUUGCAACUGGGAUGGCUGUGGCUGGAAGUUCGCACGGUCAGACGAGCUUACCCGCCACUACCGCAAGCACACAGGUCACAGGCCCUUCCAGUGCCACUUGUGCGACCGUGCCUUCUCCAGGUCCGACCACUUGGCCCUGCACAUGAAGCGACAUAUGUAGCCUGGGUAGACCCAACUACCCCAUGCACGGCCGUGGCGGGUCCCACGCGCCGGCACGGUCCCUUUGCAAACUGCUAUUUAUUGGACCCUGAGGAUGAGCCGGGCAGUGUGGCCACAGGACAAUGACUCUGCCACCAGUUCUGGCUCCCACUCUGACUGAAGGCCCCGGAGAAGAAGAUAGGAGCCUGUGACGAAUGUUUUCAAAAUGGUGCAAUAAUUGACUUAUUUUUCCUCGGGUCCCCACUAGAGGAUCGAGGCUAGAUGCCUUGUGAGAAAUGGUCUUUGUACUGUCACCCGCGUCGUUUUUUAUGAUAUUGUAUAUAAGUGACUGGCAGAUUGUAUUACUUUAAGGGAGACGAUGGCAUCUUUGCCGCCUGCUUCGAUUUUGUAAGACUUAGUAUUUUUUAAUUAAAAAAAUUUUGGAUCUUUGGAAGAAUCAUGGCAGUGGUGUGGCUGGGAGGGGGGGGAGCCCCUGAGGGAACGGCUCCUGUGGCCAAGGUUACCAGCUGCAGCCCCCAGCUGCCAGGGCCUGUGGGUUCUCUAUAAAUAUAAACAUGGUGUUUUA